GUGAGUGAAAGAGAAAGAGAAAGAGAAGAAGCGUUUCGUCCUCUUCGUUUCCUUCUUCCAUUAAUACAAAGCAAAUCCUACUCUGAAAGCUUCUUUAUUCAACCUCUCUACUUCAGUUUCUCUGUCCCCAUUUUUCAUCUGAGAGUUAAAACUGUAACCUCAAAAUCUGAGAUAAAGUCAAAAAAAAAACCCCAGUUUAUGAUUCUCAUUUUCUCUUUAUAAUCGAAAGCUUCGAUUUUUAACAAAACCCAGAAUCUGUGUUCUUGUUUUUUUUUUUUUUUGGUGAGAGUUAUCUUUUUUUUUUUUGGAAUAUUGGGUGAGAAUCUGAGUAAUGGGAUUUACAUAAAAAGAUUCUAUGUAAAUACUAAAAUAAUCUGGAAAUUAUUAAAUUUCCAAACUUUGUGUUCCAUUUUGUGGACUCAAAUUUGUUUAUAAAGAUCUCAAAUCAGAGAGAUUGAGACGACCAAGAACAAGCAGAAGAAGAAGAAGAAUUGAGAGAAUGUGGUGGUGGUCUUCUUCAACUAAAGGUCGUUCGAAUCUGGAGAGGUUUCUUUUAGGAAUCACUCCUAAGCCUCCUUCCUUCUCUCUUCCUCAGGGAAAGGAGGAGAUUGAGUAUUUCAGGCUUGGUGAUCUCUGGGAUUGUUAUGAUGAGAUGAGUGCGUAUGGCUUUGGCACACAGGUUGAUUUAAACAAUGGCGAAACCGUUAUGCAGUACUACGUCCCGUACCUAUCCGCUAUCCAAAUCCACACUAACAAACCCGCCUUGCUUUCCAGGAACCAGAAUGAGGUGGCUGAAUCUGAGAGUAGCGAGGGUUGGAGCGAUAGUGAGAGUGAAAAGUUGUUGUCAAGGUCAAUGAGCAAUGAUUCAAGCAAAACAUGGGAUGCUGUCUCUGAAGAUUCGGUUUUCGAUCCGGAUGGUUCACCGUUGCUGAAAGAUAGACUUGGUAACCUUGACUUUAAGUACAUUGAAAGAGAUCCUCCGCACAAGCGGAUUCCCUUAACCGACAAGAUAAACGUAUUGGUGGAGAAAUAUCCGGGACUCAUGACCUUAAGGAGUGUCGACAUGUCUCCUGCAAGUUGGAUGGCUGUUGCGUGGUACCCGAUAUACCACAUCCCAACCUGCAGGAACGAGAAAGAUUUGACGACAGGCUUCCUAACUUAUCAUACUCUAUCUUCGUCUUUUCAAGAUAAUGUGGUGGAAGGAGAUCAAAGCAACAACAAUGAAGAAACAGAGUUUUGUGAAGAUUCCGUAAUAAACAAGAGAAUGCCAUUGCCUCCGUUUGGUGUAACAACUUACAAAAUGCAAGGAGAUCUUUGGGGGAAGACGGGGUUUGACCAGGACCGGUUGCUUUAUCUUCAAAGCGCUGCGGAUUCAUGGCUGAAACAGCUCAAUGUUGAUCACCAUGACUAUAACUUCUUCCUUAACUCGAGCUUCUAAAGAUCAAUCGGGUCGUUCGUAUGUUUAUCCUUCUCCAAACCUUAAACAAAAAAAAAAGACCUCAUAACCCUUUUUCUUUGUUGUUUUCAAGCUCCUUUUGUUUCUCUGUGUUUUUUGUUCUUUUUGUUUUUGUCUGGCUCGUUGUGUUGUUUUAGGUAGCAACCGCCAUCGCGGAGUUUUUUCUCCUUUUGCAAGCCAAUCAUGGAAGUUUCUAAGAAGAAAACAGAGCUUUUUUUUCUUUUUUUUUAACGGUGUUGAGAAAACAAGAAAGUUGUUUUCUUUUCUUGGGUGAGAGAUCAUGUAAAUUGACCUUGAACAGAGGACUCUGUUUUGUACUUUUCUGUCUAAAAUAUAUAAAAAAAUCUGUCUUUCUUGUAUGUCGGUAUGAGUGGAAGAAGAAGACUGUUUUUGAUAGAUUUGAUAUGUCCUUUCGUUUCUUUUCAAGAUUUUUU